CUUUCAGAUAUUGCAGCCUGAAUUACUGAUCAAUAAUACAAAAACACUUAGUGCUAUGUAAAGUACACCAUACAGACAGAGACUGCGAAGUCUAAAACUUUCAGUAGUGACGAAAACAUUUGUAAGACAUAAUGCGCGUGUCCUUCGUUGUUUUCAUCCUUGGUCUGGCUGGCUGCUUGGCUUGGAAUGAUGUUGAAUUGGAAGCUCACGAUGCAGAGGAUUCUGACUUUCAAGACAAGAACAUAGCUAGUGAAUCUGAAGAAGGUCCAUCGUUUGAAGAAAUCAACAGAGAGAUGGAAAAGCAAGGCGUUCUGCGAAAUCCAAAUGUCCUGGGUAUUUUCCGUGAUGGAGAAAAACCACAUAAUUUAAAACCUGAACCACAGGAAGAAGAGCCGGCCGUUCUGCAGCACCAAGCUUCUCAUCUUUUCAGUCGAUCACCAAUGUGCCGCCGUAGAAGGACAGGAAAUUACCAAAUCACUCUCGGCAAUACAGCCUUUUUGGUAGUGUAUAAUUUUGACUGCGGUAGAAACCGGCUUUGCUAUUGGUGCAGUGGAAGAUGGCUUGGUUAUUGUCGAUUGAAGAGAAUCAGGUUGACAAUGCGUAUCUGUGUUCAGCGCGGCUUUAGAUGGUACUGGACCUGGCGAAAUUUCUAUAUUCCUUCUCACUGCAAAUGUUAUUCAAGACAACGGCAAGGAUAGACGCAAAGUCGUUUGGCUUAGUUCGAUUUCUUCSYUGGGUUUGAAACCUGCSYUCUAUUUUUWGGAGAUUYCUGUGAACACCACCUAGAUUAUCUWAUGGGUCUAAACAAUUAAAAACAACAAGUUUCUGAGGUGUAAUUGAAAUAKUGUCAAAAAAAAGAAGCUCGCAAGGGAUGCCGGUUGACCGCGCACCCUUUAAUUGUAAGACACGUACUUUUUCACUAUUUUGUAAUGAUGGUUUACCCUACUUGUAGAACACAAUAAAAAUAUCACAUAACCUG